AUGCAUAACACAAUUGAGACAACGCCCUGCAUCACCAGCAAGCGUCUCUUCCCAGGCGAAUCCUUCGACGUAAGGGACAAUUUGUCGCCCGACACGGGGAGCCUCGCCAUCCAGGCUUGCCGAUAUCACUUGACGUGCCCGCAAGACAUGACGAUGUCGUGUCCCGAGAUACUGCUCCCGAGCUCGCAAGGUUGUAGGAACGCGGACUUCAUCGUCAAUGGGAACCGCUUGUGCGGUCGGGAGAGUCACCUGAGGAACGCGGUGAAUGUGGGGAGGACCGUGAACGCCCUCCUCUACUCCGAUGGAUCCACCCGCUCCUCCCUUGGAAUUCAAUGCAAAAUAACUUGCGGUUGUGACCAGUUCGGUUACCGAGACAAGUUUCUGUUCUUCUCAGCGAAAGACGGGAGGAUCUUUGUCAUGGUUAGCGACAGCAUUGGAGAUAAGACUGGGAACCGCCUUAGGAUGAAAGGAGGAGAUCAUAAAGAGUACCCGGCCAUUAAGACAGCAAAACUACACUGUGAACCAAGGAACAUCGAG